AUGGUCACUAACACCUCAGAAAAGACUGCAGAGGAGGUUGGAGAAGAUGUCUUUAAUGAAUUGAUAAAUGAAAGCUUCACAAUCCCCAUAUUUGAGAACCUUUCUCCCAAUAUAAACACUUUUAUUGUGCACCCUUGGAUUCGAAGAAUGCUGAUCUCGAUUGCAAAAAGACUUAGCUUUUUUGAAUUUACUCCCUCAGGGAUGCCUAGCAAUGGUCAUCGUCGUGCAUUCUUAUUGCCGGGUGGUAGUGAUUCAUACAGUACAAUGACCGAGGAUACUCUUAUGGUUUUCAAUGUAAAUGAUCAAUAUCUUGGAUUUAAACCUGACUGGCUCUCAAAGUUGAAUAGGGUUGAGGUUCUUCAGUUGGGCCGGUGGCAAAACUCUGUCAAACAUCAUAUUGAAGUGGAAAAUAAAGAUUUGACAGUUGAGUCGAAGAAGAAAAAGAAAGUGGAAUAUGAAGUCUCUUUGAAUGGUUUGGGACGUCAGACAUCCCUAAGAUAUCUAAGUCUCAGAGGCGUUUCUAGAUUGACUAACCUACCUCGUUCGGUGCUUAACCUAAUAAGCCUUGAGAUCCUUGAUUUACGUGCAUGUCACAAUCUAGAGAAACUGCCUUCUGAUAUAUCAGCGCUGAGGAACCUGACUCAUUUGGAUUUAUCAGAAUGUUAUCUGCUCGAAAGCAUGCCAAAGGGUAUUGAAGAGCUCUCUGCUCUUCAAGUACUUAAGGGCUUUGUGAUAGGAAUCGUCAGAAGAAAUCCAUGCAGGGGAAGUGACCUUGCUGACAGUUCUGUACCACAACAGUGGUAUCAGAGCUCGAUCACGAGCCAUAGGGAUGACAAAAAACCAGGAGGAAGCAUUGAGGAGAGACGUGGUAGAGUUAGGAAGUGUGGUCAGGACUUUUUCCAACAAAAUGAUGGGAUGGAGCAGGCCAUCAGAACAAUGGAAUUCAGACAAGAUGCUACUGAAAAACUGCUCAAAGGAUUGGAUCAGAAGUAUGAGGGGAUGAUGAAUAUGAUGGCUCAACUGAUGGCCAAGGUUAGCGAUCGAGGGAAGGAGCUAGAAGGAAGUAGCAGUGCAAAGGGAAAGGAUAGGCCAAACGAAUCCAGGAUGGAUUUGCAGAAGGAAACAGUCAGCAAAAGAGAUAACAGAAUUGGUGGAAGACUGCCUAAAAUAGAUUUACCAAUUUUUGAGGGGAAUAACCCCAGAGAAUGGAUCCGGAAGGCUAAUAAAUAUUUCAAAAUACAUGAGAUAGAGGAGAACAUGAAAGCUGAGAUUGGAGAGGGGAGUCCAGAGGAGGCCAUUGAGGAAUUCAACAAGUUAGUGCAGACUGGAACCGUAGCUGACUACCUUGAAAAAUUUGAAAUGCUUAAAGCCCUGGUAAUGCCCUCCUUACCUCACUUGUCUGAUUCAUAUUACAAAGCAUGCUUCAUGAGUGGUCUAAAAGAGGAGAUAGUUAAUAUGGUUAAAAUGUCCAAACCUGAAACCUUAGCUGUUGCUAUUGAAAUAGCAAAACUCCAAGAGAAAAACCUCAAAGCUAUACAGAAAAUCCAGAAACCUACCACUACCAACUUUAGCAACCAUAGACCUCCCAAUAAAAUGACCCCAACCCCCAGAUGGAACCAAAACCACCCAAAACACACCAACCAGAACCAAGACCAGAAAACAUCCAACCAGAACCAGUUCAAAAGAAUAACACCUACAGAAUUUAACCUGAGGAGGGAGAAGGGGCUAUGUUAUAAAUGUGCUGAACCUUAUACUCUGGGCCAUGUAUGCAAACAAUCACAUGUGCAUUUCCUGUUAGCUGAGGAGGCUGAGACUAGGGAAGAGGCUAGAGAACCAGAAGAGGAAGUUUACUGUGAUUGCAUUAAUGGGGAGCUGACAGAUGAACACAUAGAAGUAUCUAUUCAUGCUUUGGCUGGGGGGACAAGCCACAGGACUAUGAAAUUAAAAGGACUUGUGAAAGGGAGAUUGGUCACUGCAUUAAUAGACAGUGGAAGUACUCACUGUUUUUUGGAUGAGCAACUGGCAAAGGACCUUAAACUGGGUACUCAGGGACCAAACCUGGUUGUCAAUGUUGCUAAUGGGGAGAAGGUGAAUUCCAAGGGACUGGAUAAACCCUUGCAGUGGGAAAUGCAGGGUCAUCAGUUCCAACAUGCCUUCAACACAUUAAGGUUGGGGGGCUGUGACAUGAUACUUGGGGUAGACUGGUUGGCCAAACAUAGUCCAAUAGAGUUUAAUUUCAGAAAACUCAGUAUGAAAAUCCACCAGGGGAGGCAGGAAGUGGUGCUACAAGGGGAAGGGGACAUCAUCAAGCUGAAGGGACUCAAUGGAGGAAGGUUGGCAAAAUGGUUGAGGAAACAGUCAUAUGGGGUGGUGGCUCAGCUGGUGGCAGUAGAAGAAGAGGGAAGUGCAGCACAGCUGCCUGCUGAGAUCAGGCAGAUACUGGAGCAAUACAGAGAUGUCUUCGAGGAGCCUAAGGGAAUGCCUCCAACCAGGGGCCAUGAGCACCAGAUUAACCUUAAGGAAGGAGCCAAGCCUUUUCAGGUAAGACCUUACAGGUGCCCCUACAUCCAGAAAACAGAAAUUGAGAAACUGGUAAGGGAGAUGCUAGAACUAGGCAUCAUACAGCCUAGCAGUAGCCCCUUUGCCUCACCAGUACUACUAGUUAAGAAGAAAGAUGGGACAUGGAGGUUCUGUGUUGAUUACAGACAGCUAAAUGAGCUUACAGUAAAAAACAAGUUCCCUAUGCCUCUGAUUGAAGAGUUGAUGGACGAAUUGCAUGGAGCCAAGUUUUUCACCAAAAUUGAUCUGAGGGCAGGAUACUUUCAAAUAAGAGUCAAAGAGGAGGACAUUUCAAAAACAGCCUUCAGAACUCACCAAGGGCUCUAUGAAUUCAAGGUUAUGCCAUUUGGCUUAACCAAUGCCCCAGCAACUUUUCAAAGUUUGAUGAACCAGGUCUUCCAAGAUCAGAUGAGGAGGCAUGUGCUGGUGUUUUUUGAUGACAUCCUGGUCUACAGCUCAACACUGGAGGAGCAUGUGAAGCAUGUAGAGGAGGUAAUGUGUAUCUUAAGACAACACCAGUUAUAUGCUAAAAUGAGCAAAUGCUCGUUUGCUCAAAUGCAGGUAGAAUACCUAGGACAUAUUAUAACAGCAGAAGGAGUUCAGGCUGAUCCCAAGAAGAUAGAAUGCAUGGAACAAUGGCCCAAUCCAACCAAUAUCAAACAGCUGAGGGGAUUUCUGGGACUGACAGGUUACUACAGAAGGUUUGUUAGAGGCUAUGGUGCCAUAGCAAGGCCACUGACUAAUCUGUUGAAGAAGGACAAUUUUCACUGGAAUAAGGACUCAGAACUGGCUUUCCAAACACUAAAGAAGGCCAUGUGCACCACUCCUGUUUUAGCAGUGCCUGAUUUCACUCAACCAUUCAUAGUUGAGACAGAUGCUUGCUACUCUGGUAUAGGGGCUGUACUCAUGCAAAACAGGAGACCAAUUUCCUACCUCAGUCAAGCUCUGGGACAGAAGAACAUGGGAUUGUCCAUCUAUGAGAAAGAGUUGCUAGCAUUGGUGACAGCAGUAACCAAAUGGAGACACUACCUAGAAGGGCAUCAUUUCAUCAUACAUACUGAUAAUCAGAGCUUAAAGUACUUGCUGGAUCAGAGGAUUACUACACCUCUCCAACAGAAAUGGCUCACUAAGCUGCUAGGAUUGAGCUACGAGAUUCACUACAAAAAGGGAAAAGAUAACCUGGCUGCAGAUGCCCUAUCCAGACAGGGCAGAGAGGAAGUGAGAGUGUGA